GACCCUCUGCAGCUUCCGUAGCACCUCAGAAGUAUGGCAGUCAGAGUUGCCUUAACUAUGUUUUGAUAGUCUGAAUAACAUUGUUCUGUCUUUCCAAAAUACACUUUCUUUAAAAUUUGUGAUUAUUCUAAUCAAUAGCCACAUCGUAAUCCAGGACACGAUGCCAUCAGCCUGUGACUCUCUGAUCGAAGACAUAGAGGACAUGGUGUCGUUCGGUGACCCCACUCCUCACGAGAGACAAUCUUCUAGAAAGAGUGUCGUCCCAAGGGCCAGGAAGAAAAAGGAAUCUGUGAGCAACGAGGAACUACAAGCUGACAGCCUGAUCCCUGGAACACAAAAGAUCUGGAUGAAAACAUGGGGCUGCAGUCAUAACAGCUCUGAUGGGGAGUACAUGGCUGGACAGCUGGCUUCCAGCGGAUAUCAAAUGACUGAUGACCCAACAGAAGCCGACCUGUGGCUGCUCAACAGCUGCACCGUAAAAAACCCUGCGGAGGACCACUUCAGGAACUCCAUCAGAAAGGCCCAGGAACAACAGAAGAAGGUGGUGGUUGCGGGUUGCGUUCCCCAGGCCCAGCCGCGCAUGGACUACCUCAAAGGGCUCAGCAUCAUUGGGGUCCAGCAGAUUGAUCGAGUGGUGGAAGUGGUGGACGAGGCCGUUAAAGGCCACUCAGUUCGUCUGUUGGGUCAGAAGAAAGACGGAGGCCGGAGGCUCGGAGGGGCGCGACUGGACCUACCCAAGAUCAGGAAGAACCCUCUGAUUGAAAUCAUCUCCAUUAACACUGGGUGUCUGAACGCAUGCACCUACUGUAAGACUAAGCACGCCAGGGGGGACCUGGCCAGCUAUCCCGUGGAGGAGCUGGUGGAGCGAGCCCGGCAGUCUUUCCAGGAGGGAGUGUGUGAGGUCUGGCUGACCAGUGAAGACACAGGCGCUUAUGGCAGGGACAUAGGGACAGACCUGCCCACGCUGCUGUGGAGGCUGGUGGAGGAGAUUCCUGAAGGAGCCAUGCUGAGGCUGGGUAUGACCAACCCACCGUACAUCCUGGAACACCUAGAGGAGAUGGCCAAGAUCCUGAACCACCCGCGUGUCUAUGCUUUCCUUCACGUUCCCGUGCAGUCGGCCUCCGACAGCGUCCUGAUGGACAUGAAGAGGGAGUAUUGCAUCGAUGACUUCCAGAGAGUGGUGGACUUCCUUAAGGAGAGGGUCCCAGGUGUAACCAUCGCUACAGAUGUGAUCUGUGGUUUUCCUGGGGAGACGGAGGACGACUUCCAAGCAACGAUGGACUUGGUGAAAUGCUACAGAUUCCCAAGUCUGUUCAUCAACCAGUUUUACCCCAGACCUGGCACGCCCGCCGCCAAGAUGGAGCAAGUACCAGCCCAUGUGAAGAAGCAGAGGACUAAAGCGCUGUCUCAGCUCUUCCACUCCUACAACCCCUACGACCACGAGGUGGGGCAGAGGCAACGUGUGCUGGUGACAGAGGAGUCAUUCGACGCUCAGUACUACGUGGCUCACAACAAGUCCUACGAACAGGUACUGGUACCCAAGAGGCCCGAGUUCAAAGGAAAGAUGAUUGAGGUGGACAUCUACGAGGCAGGAAAACACUACCUGAAGGGACGUCCGGUGGAGGACAGCGAGCCCUUCACGCCGUCCAUCGCUGCACCGCUGGAGAAAGGAGAAGUGUCCGGUCUGAUGCAGGUUGCCAACGGCGUCCAAGCUGCUCCUGCUCUGCUGGUGGGCUCCUACAGUCUGGACAGGGAGGUGCUGAAGAAGCUGGGGAUGGGACUGGUGCUGGCAGCCGCCGUUUUGGCCUUCGUGGUGGAGAAACUGUACUGACGGAGUGGUGGAGAACGCGGUGGGGGACGUCGCGGCUAUCGGCUGUGAACUCGGCGGUGACGGAGUUUCUGCUCGGAUCCAAUGUCGCAUGAUUCGCUUUGUCUGAUCGGUUGUUUGACGGAGCCAAAGAUGCCAGUUUGUUUCUUUGUCCUGUGAGAUCUGGUGUCUGGGCUUCAGUGCUGUUCCAUAUUUGCUUUUUAAGGUUGUUUUACUCCAAAUGAAGUGUCUUCACUUGAAAAGACACCGGAUUUUAUUUAGAUUCAGUUUCAGCUGAAAUUUCUGUGUCAUUUUUGACUCUCGUUAUGAGAGAAGUUUAUGAAACCUAGUUAUUUUAUUCUUUGGAAAAGAUUUGUUCCAUACUUUCCUGUUAGAGGUAUUUAUUGUGGAAUGAACAGGAUCUUUUGCAGAGGUUACAGUUUGCUUUAAAUGCGCUGUUGUUUUGAUAAAGUUUUGCUUUUCUCUGCAUCUUCUUACAUAAAGCUGCAAUCCUUUCCCAUGGAAACGGUCCUCGUUCACAUCCCGUUACUCUGAAUAAUCCACAGAGGAGGUUGAUGUGUUUUCAAUCACUUCGGGAGAAGAAUAGCAGCAAAAGGUGCAACGAGGAAAUGAGAAACGUUAACUUUGCUUCAUUGGAGGAAGAUGAACAUGUUAUAAUUAAGGUUCUCUCACCCUGUAACACAAAUAGGCAGCGUGGACUGUGUGUUUGUGUGUGUGUGUCCAUCCACUUUAAUAAAGGACAAAACCUAAUUGUCACAGGAAAAGUUACGUGAUUGAUUUUCUUGAAUCGCUGAAUUAUUAACUGCUCGUGUUUUUACUAUUUAUUAGACCGUGCGGAAUUAUUAUGCUCCACAUUUCUGUGCGUCGCUCAGAUGUUGUCACACACAGUCUUUGUUUCUCCCUCAUGUUCUGUUUCUGUUUUGAGGUACAACGGUCCCAACAUGUGUUUGGAGAUCUCAGGCAGUUAAUAAUGCAUCCCCCAAUUUAUGUGUCAAAGUGGCGCAUGUGUCUCUGUCAGUGUGCCUGUGCUCGUGCCCUGCUUUAUAUUCCUCAUCACACGUGUGUGUUUCAGCUUGUUUGGUGCCGUGUGUGUGUGUGUGUGUCUGCACAGUCUGAUGUGAUGUGUUUGGGUUCCUUCUGUGCUUAAUUUAGCAGAAAAAGACAGUGUGUGUGUGGUUGUGGUUGUAGACUGACAGGACUCACCCGUUUCUUAUCCAAAACCCCCUGUUAUUAGAUAUACCACUGUUUGUAGACUACACGCACACACACGGUUUGUAUUAUCCAACUAAAUGAUGCAUGUCACACAUUGUGUUGACGCUCACAUCCAUGCGUGUGCCCUGUUGUGUUUUUUUUUCUUACGGCGCUGACACAUGUCAUACAUAUACACAAACCUAGCAUACUGCAACUUUGUAGUUUGGGCAAAUGAUGCACGUCGAACAAACUUACACAACUAACUCAGGCACCGCGGCUUUAUGUUACCCCAUCAAAUGACGCAUGUCUUACACAAACACACACACACAUACACACACUGGCUUUGAAUUAUGUGAUCAAAUGAUGCGUGUAGCUCUGAAGCUUGUUACAUCCAUCCUGCAGUGCCCUAUAUUAUUCUGCAGCCAUCCAUACUGUGUGACAGUUCUUUUGAUGCUUUGUAAGCACAUUUCCUCCCUGUGUAUGUCACUUACAUAGCAUUGUUCUCCAAUGAAAUAUGGAUGCAACGACACCCUUUAUGUUUAGGAGAUCAUCACUUACUAUGAAAUAUCGAGGCGGGAGCCGGCGAGAGGAGAUCAUUAUUCACGCCGCAUCAUUCACUUGGGUUGUUUCUAAUAAAAGCAAAGGGGUUCUGGA